AUGUCGUCCUCCCAUGAUGCUGCCCGCUCAGCCCCGGCCAAUGACGCGAACGAGUCCGCCACCAUCAUAGCAUGUUCGGUUGUUCUGCUCGGUAUCGCGGCCGUGGCAGUCGGACUGCGCUUCUAUGUGCGGGCCAGGCUCGUUCGCUCGGUCAAGAUCGAAGAUUGGUGUAUGCUGCUUUCACUGGCCUUUGCUAUCCUUGCUUCCACUUUCCUCAUCAAGCAGGCUCAAGCCGGUCUCGGGCGCCCUUUCAGUACCCUCCUCCCAGACGACGUAAUGGCAUUUCGCAAAUGGGCAUGGUUUCAGGGCGUAUUCUACUAUCUCAGUUUCUGGUUCACCAAAAUGUCGAUCCUUCUGCUCUAUCUCCGCGUCUUGACCCACGACUACAUCCGCAAGGCGACUUGGGCGGUAAUCGCGAUCGUGGUGGUGUACAACGUCUAUACAUUCGCCAUGCAUGUCACCAUGUGCAUACCCCUUGCAAAGAAUUGGGAUCCCUCGAUUACCGGCGGGUACUGUCACGCAGAAACUGGACAUGGGCAGCAAAUCUUCUGGGCCGUGAUCUAUUUGCACAUCAUCACCGACUUCAUGAUUUUCGCCAUUCCGAUACCCGUUGUGGCAGCCAUGACGAUUCCCCUGCGCCAAAAGCUCGGCCUGUUAUUUGUGUUUACCGUGGGCUUCUUCGUCUGUCUCGUCUCGAUCGUGCGCGCCGCCCUUCUCCAUCGGUUGAUCAACGCGCCAGAUGUGACCUGGGAUCUAAUCCAAAUCGCAAAUUGGUCUUCGGCCGAGCUGAACGUAUCCAUUGUGUGCGGCUGCAUGCCGACGCUGCGGCCGCUUCUGGCAAAGGCGUUUGGGCCCUUGAUGGAUCGCUUCUUCCCAGAGCCGCAUCAGUCAUUGACCGAUGUCAACGACGAGCAACCCCGGACGAUAGGAUCGAUGCCGCUCAAGGCCUUCAGGUUUGGGAGACAGUCAAAGGAGAAAGGUUCGCGAGCAGCUGCUCCUCCAUCCGCGACGUCCUGGGCCCAGGAAGAAACGCUCGCCAAUGUCAAUCUUGAAACCGCUCGCAACGGUGUGCAUUCUAAGGGCAUGGACUCGGACGCGGAACUCAUUGCCGGGGGCAACGAGGUCGAGAUGCAGUCGAGCCACUGGCUGAAGGAACCGUCAAUGGUGCAUGCCAGGGGUUGA